GACACACCACAACCAUGAGGUCGUUCCUCCCGCUGCUCUCGCUGGGCGCCGUUGCUCAAGCGCUCCACUUCUUCAUCGACGGCACCAGCCCCAAGUGCUUCUACGAGGAAUUGCCCAAGGACACACUGGUGGUUGGCCACUACACGGCAGAGGAAUGGGACGACCAGAGGCAUUCGUGGCAGAAGCAUGAUGGCAUCAACAUCUUCAUCUCUGUAGAUGAACUCUUCGACAACGACCACCGUGUCGUCUCCCAGCGCGGUGGCCCCGGCGGCAAGUUCACCUUCACCGCCGCCGAGGCGGGCGACCACCGCAUCUGCUUCACGCCCACGUCGACCUCAGGCCGGUCGAGCUGGAUGUCGGUUAACAACCCGAAUGGCGGGAUCAAGCUGACGCUGGAUAUGGCCAUCGGCGAGUCGAGCGCGAUUGAGAGUGCCGACAAGGGCAAGCUGCAGGAUCUGGCGACGCGGGCCAAGGAUCUGAACAACCGGCUGCAGGAUAUCAGGAGGGAGCAGGUUUUCCAGAGAGAGCGCGAAGCCGAAUUCCGUGAUCAAUCCGAAUCCACCAACGCUCGCAUCGUUCGCUGGGUCUUGAUCCAGCUCGUCGUCCUCGGCGUCACUUGCGCCUGGCAGCUCUCUCAUCUCCGCUCCUUCUUCAUCAAGCAGAAGCUCACGUAAAGAGCUUCUACCACUACACCCAACCAUGGGUCAUACGGGAGGAAGUCUCGCUUGCAAUAUAUAUUAAAAGAAAAGGCACAUAUGUAAUUGUGGGAGCGGACGGGCUAUGAGGGACGGGGAGGCAUAAUUGAUAUGGUUGGGUCUACUUUUUCCUUUGGCCAAAUAGACGGGCCACGGGUGUCAUGGGUGGCAUGAGGUGUUCACGCCAUACCAUGCCAGAGAGGAAGAGCUAUGAUCAAGGAGAGAAAAAGUUGCCAUAGGCGGGUGGGCCGUCCUCAGCGACAGAGUGACGAGAAACUCUAACGAAACGUUUUAACAUGUAUUAUGCAUGCUUCUAUACAGCAUGAGUGGCCAUGCCUUGAUGAUAUAAUGCACAUACUUCAUACAACC